AUGAGCUGGAUUAAUGCAGCGGUGGGAACGAACGGGACGCUAACGGGAAACGGAAACGACUCAGGAUUUAACGGCAACCGAAUGCUGCGACGGUGAGCUGUAGCUCUGAAAAAAACAUCGAUUUAAAUAAAAAACAACAAUUGCUUCGAGCUAGAAGGCCAUACAUGAACUAGAUCGUGCUGUUUUUGGACGUGAAGAUGAUUUCUCCGUGGGACAGAUGGUACUCGACCAGCUGCUGUCUGUGCUGUCAUGUACGGACGGGCACCAUUAUCCUGGGCAUCUGGUAUAUGCUGAUCAAUGCAGUGGUUUUGUUGAUCCUGUUGUCGGCUCUCAAUGACCCGGUCCAGUACCACUACCACCUCACCAGCUCUGACCUCGGCACGGAUCUGGAUGUCAUGGACGAUGCAAACAUGUGUAUCGCUGCUGCAAUUUCAUUGCUGAUGAUUUUGAUUUGUGGGAUGGCGACAUACGGUGCAUAUAAGCAACAUGCUGCAUGGAUCAUUCCUUUCUUUUGCUACCAGAUCUUUGACUUUGCUCUUAAUACACUGGUAGCAAUAAGUGUUAUUGUCUACCCCAACACCAUACAGGACUAUCUUCAGCAGUUGCCUGGGACCUUUCCAUACAAAGAGGACUUGAUGUCCACAAACAACAUGUGCCUAGUAUUAGCAGUGCUCCUCUUUGUUGGAUGCAUCUUAGCCUUUAAGGCUUACCUUAUUGCCUGUGUGUGGAACUGCUACAGAUACGUCAGUGGAAGAAGCACUACAGAGGUCCUGGUUUAUGUCACCACGAAUGACACUACAGUACUACUUCCACCCUAUGAGGAGGUCGUCACCAUGCCACCGAAGGACCCCCCUCCUCAGUAUGUUUCAGCUUGAGAAUCACACCACUCUCUUUCAAACGCUCCUUCCAAACCUUCCCCAAAGAAACACUCUCCGUCACAAUAGUCCAUUCCGUGGCCCCGGUCUCCUGUUUGUCGCUGUGUGACGAAAGUCUCCUCUCUGGAGGCAGCAGUAUGACUUUGAGCCGCCCUUCCCUCGACGAGGCUGCCCAGCUGUCCACAACCCAAUCCUGUGUAUCAGCUCCAAUCUGAUUUGCACUUUCUGCGAUUAUGUGCGGCAAUGGCAUUUUUAAUACUGUGAACUACUCAGUAGUGUUGUUGUCUACUGAUAUACCUGAGAUUUGAAUCCGGCGUGCAUGAUAAACACGGGAGUUACGUAAGAGCACUUUUAAAAAUUGGAAUUACCUAGAAAUAUACUGAAUGUAAGAAGCCGGCAUUUACACUUUAAUUUCGUUGUACUAAACGAAAUAAAAAGAAUAUAACUCAGACUAUAACUAAAUUAGUUAUAAAAAAUAAAUUAAAAUAAAGUGAGCAAUUCUACACCAUUUUAUCUAACAAAAUGAAAUUUUUGUAAGUCUUCCUUUAUACACAAUGUCCCAAAACAUUAUGCAAUCACAGAUUAAUAUUCUCUUUCAAUCAAUCAAAUGCUAAUGCUAAUCGUUAGUUUUAGAUGGUUUAGAUGUCGCAAAGACUGAACGAUCCUGUGAACCAUUAUAAAGCUGUAUACACUUAAUACUGAAACAUUUGAAAGAUUCAUGCAUCAUGGGAGAUCUGAUUUUAAAUUAAAGGACUUUUCACUUGUUUACUUAAUAAAAUAAAAUAAAAAAGCAAAAAUUUGGCUUAAGGUACUAUCACAUUUACCAUUGUUUUACUAGGAAUCCAUGCGAUUAAGAAUUUAAUUUGGUGGUGACGGAUUUUACAACAUUAAAUCUUGCACGCAAAUUCUCCACAUUGACGAACAAAAGCUGCUUGGUUUGAAAAUUGACUAGCCGUGCUUCAGACAUUACUACGCUAUUGACAAUAUACAAUGGACCUUUUUUGUCUCAACAUUUUUCUGAAAUUUUGGUAAACGCAUCUUUAAAGAUGAGGAACUUAGAAUGGAAGUGAAAUGGACCAGUCUGUUAAAAUUACACGGUGUGUCAACAUGAUUUUAGUGUAAAAAUAAAUCACAAGCUUUUUCUGUUACGUUAUAUCCCAUUUUACAAUUUAACCCCUAAAUUGAGUAUUAAAAUAGAUUUGUGGGAUAGUUGACAAAAAUGGAAAUCUUGUCAUUAACUAUUGAGUUAAUUUGCCCAGAAAGGUAGUAAGGACACCAUUAAAAUAGUCCAUGUUACAUCACUGGUUCAACCAUAAUUUUACGAAGCUACGAGAAUACUUAUGUGGUACUCCCAUGAAUGCGUGUCGAAGUCUGAUGCGGAAGAGACGAGAUUGUUGAAUAAAGUCGUUAAUUUUAUUUUUGGUUUUCUUUGCACACAGAAAGUAUUCUCAUAGCUUCGUUAAAUUGAGGUUGAACCCCUAAUGUCACAUGGAUUAUUUUAACAAUGUCCUUACUACCUAUUUGGGUCUUGAAUGCUUCAGUUGCAUUGCUGUCUAUGCAGAGUCGGAAACCUCUCGGAUUUCAUCAAAAUGAUCUUAAUUUGUGUUUCGAAGAUGAACAAAGGUUUUAAGGGGUUGGAACGACUUUAUCAAUUAAUAAAAGAUUUUCCAUUUUCGGUUAAACUAACCCUUUGAACAGCUUCACAGCUCAAAUAAUACACAGACUUUAAGAAAAAAUAUUUAAAGUAAGUGCGUUUAUGAAACUAGAAGCUUCACAUCUAAAAUCCUUUAAAAAAAUUCACUUCCAUUGUAGGUGCCUAACCUACCCUAAUUUUUGCUUCUUUUUAUUUUUAAAGAAUACAAGGGACAAGAUUUUGUGGUAAUUGGCAUUAUGCCACAAAUGCUUUCGACUUAUCUUGACCUUCAUUGAACCAGACAGUGCUCAGUGAAUAAAUGGGAAUUAUGGGUGUUAGGAAAUCAUUUCUGUCAUUUUGUGAAGUUACACGCACCUGUUUAGAGAUCUAGUGUACAUUUUCUGUCAUUAUCACUAGGUUACCAUCUGUGGCUGCAGACUGCAAUGUUUUUGCACAAUAUUAUUCAUUCAUGUUAUUGUCUGUGAUGAAUGGUGUGUUAAUCAGUAAUUGUGACAGAUGCAAAGUAAACGAUGUGACCCCGACAGUAGAUUAGCUUGUAGCCGAGUUAAGAUGGCAUGACAUCUCCCCCAGUCACCUUCUAGCUCAGAGUAGCUUCUGUUAUUGGGAACAUUUGUAAUUUUAUAUACAGUGGCUAUGCAAGGGUAUUUUAUAACAAGUUUCCAUAGCUGAAGAUGACUAUAUACUUACAUUUAUUCAUCAUAGUACAUUAGAUAUAGAAGCAUUAAUGAAAGUAGAUUUAUAGAUGUAGGAAUUUUCUUUCAAUGUUCUGUGCGUAGACUUUCAUCUUCAGUUAAGCUUCACCGAAAUAGCUUCAUAUAAACAGUUUUAUCAUAAAAAACAAUUACGCUGUGUAUUUGGAAUAUUCAUUUUUGCUAUUGUGACCUGUGAUUUCUAUUAUAAUAUUCUCACAAUAUUUCUCAUAAAAAUGAAGUAAUUAUCAAUGGAUAUCACAAAAUGAAUUCUCAGAAACCCAGAACAAUGUCUUGUCAGUAGGUAGAAUGUUUGUUUUUGUCUCGUUACACAUUCUGUACUGGGUUGAUAAUGGCUUAUGUCUUAUUUCUAAACAAUAAAAUAUUCCAGUAAUGCUUCA